UCUGCCUUCCUCCGCAGCAUUUAGACGCGCUGACGUACAGCUGCUUCAGGAGGAGCGCCUAACUUUCUUUAUCACUCAUUCCUAUUUAAGCCAUUGGGAGAAGAAAUUCUGCAAAUCGGACGUCUUUUUUUCCCCUCCGCUUUGCAUCGAUCCAACCUCCAGAAAACUCAACGAUGGUGUAGGUAAUUUAAAGUUAGUCUGGAUAAAGUCAGUGCAAAGUAAGGGCUGAUAAACGUCGCUUGGUUUGCAGUUAACCUCCCGCCUAUCAUGUGUGCGGUGCGCCUUUGUUAUCCAUGGUCUUACAGAGCGCUUUGGAGCGUUUUUAUCAUCCUGGCAGCAGCGCCUUGUUUUCUGCGCUGCUCUGAAAAACCUGCAUUAGUUGGGAAAAUGUAUCCGAGGGGCAAUCACUGGGCUGUAGGUCAUUUAAUGGGAAAGAAGAGCUUGCCUGAAAAGCAGCAGGUAAAUCUUGACUAUAUCACACUUUCACAAUCGGACAGAAUCGUUGACCAGGACCAAACUGUGAAGGCUCUGUCACCAAAAAAACAGCUAACAAUACUACAGCUUCUUCAUAACAACAAGAGAGGAGAAUAUAAAGGAAAAUAUCUCCAAGAGAUGUUACACCUAUUUCUCCUGGCUUUGAAACUCCAAGACAAUGAAUCCUCCUGAAGAAAAGACAGACUUGGUUGGAAACGCUGCUUCUGACGUCUACUUUCUCUGUAAUAACAAAAUGACCAUGUAUAAACUGUGCUAGACACAAACAUUUCAGUUUUCAGUUAUUUACUAUUUUUACUCCCGCAAAAUAAAGGUUUCUACUACUUACUGACCGACAAGAACGUGUCACAGAAAGUGAGAAUCUGAAAUAAAUUAAAAAUUAUACUUGCA